AUGUAUGGUAAAGCCUUAUUUUUAACUUUCUACCAGGUGUCAUCUGAAGACAGAAGUGCCCUGUGGGCUUUGGUUACGUUUUAUGGGGGGGAUUGCCAGCUGAACCUCAAUAAGAAAUGCACACAUUUGGUUGUUCCAGAACCGAAGGGGGAGAAAUAUGAAUGUGCUUUAAAGCAAGCAAGCAUUAAAAUUGUGACUCCUGACUGGGUCCUGGAUUGCAUAUCUGAGAAAACGAAAAAGGACGAAGCAUUUUAUCAUCCUCGUCUGGUUAUUUACGAAGAGGAAGACGAGGAGGAGGAGGAGGGGGAACAUGAGGAGCAGGAGUCUCAGAACGAGGGCAGUACGGAUGGGAAGUCGAGCCCCGCCAGCUCUCAAGGAGGGUCUCCUGGUGACCAACCGCUUUCUCCCAAACCAAACCCUGAAAAAUCUAAAGGGGAGUUGAUGUUUGAUGACUCCUCAGAUUCAUCACCUGAAAAGCAAGAGAGAAAUUUGAACUGGACCCCAGCUGAAGUCCCGCAGUUAGCUGCGGCAAAGCGCAGACUGCCUCAGGGAAAGGAGCCUGGCUUGAUUAACUUGUGUGCCAAUGUCCCGCCGGUCCCAGGGAACAUCCUGCCUCCUGAUGUCCGGGGUAAUUUGAUGGCUUCUGGACAAAACCUCCAAAGUUCUGAAAGAUCAGAGAUGAUAGGUACUUGGAGUCCAGCUGUGCGGACACUGAGAAAUAUUACUAAUAAUGCUGACAUUCAGCAGAUUAACCGACCAUCAAAUGUAGCACAUAUCUUACAGUCUCUUUCAGCACCUACGAAAAAUUUAGAACAGCAGGUGAAUCACAGUCAACAGGGACAUGCAAAUGCCAAUGCAGUGCUGUUUAGCCAAGUGAAAGCAGCUCCAGAGACACACAUGUCACAGCAGCAGCAUCAGACUCAGCAGCAGCACCCAGUUUUACACCUUCAGCCCCAGCAGAUUAUGCAGCUGCAGCAGCAGCAGCAGCAGCAGAUUUCCCAACAGCCUUACCCCCAGCAACAGUCUCAUCAGUUUUCUCAGCAGCAGCAGCAGCAAGUCCAUCAGCAUCAGUUUCCACAGCAGCAGCUACAGUUUCCACAGCAACAGCUGCACCCUCAACAGCCAUUGCAUCGCCCUCAACAGCAGCUACAGCCAUUUCAGCAACAGCAUGCCCUGCAGCAGCAGUUACAUCAGCUCCAGCAGCACCAGCUGCAGCAACAGCAAUUAGCACAGCUGCAGCAGCAGCAGCACAACCUGCUACAACAGCAGCAGCAGCAGCAGCUCCAGCAGCAGCAGCUCCAGCGCAUGCACCAACAGCAUCAACAGCAGCAGCAAAUGCAAACUCAUGCAGCACAACACUUGAGUCAGACACCCCAGGCGCUGCAGCCUCAGGUCCCACAUCAGCAGCCCCUGCAGCAGCAGCCCCCCACUCAGCAGCAGCCCCUGCAGCACCACCAGCUGUUCGGACAUGACCCAGCAGUGGAGAUUCCAGAAGAUGGCUUCUUACUGGGGUGUGUGUUUGCAAUUGCGGAUUAUCCAGAGCAGAUGUCUGACAAACAGCUGCUGGCCACCUGGAAGAGGAUAAUCCAGGCACACGGCGGCACUGUGGAUCCCACAUUCACCAGCCGAUGCACGCACCUGCUCUGUGAGAGUCAGGUCAGCAGCAUGUAUGCACAGGCACUGAGAGAAAGGAAGCGAUGUGUCACCGCACACUGGUUAAACACAGUCUUGAAGAAGAGGAAGAUGGGGCCGCCAUGCCGGGCCCUGCACUUUCCGGUGGCCUUCCCCCCGGGAGGAAAGCCAUGCUCGCAGCAC